AUGAUGUUUAUCCUGAUUGUACUUUCUGUCUUCGAGGUCUUCGUUUACGUACUAGGAGCAACAAAUCCUCCUAAUUCUAAAUCGGAAGAGCAAUUAGAGGGACCCAUAUGUUCUUUGUCCUGUUUGUGUCUUACGUCAUCGUCUGCUGUCCCCGGCAUUCCAGGGUCGCAUGGAAUUCCAGGAUUGCCAGGACCUGUGGGACCUAAAGGUGACACAGGCAGUAAAGGCGACCCAGGACCUCAAGGUGACCCAGGACCCAAGGGCGACAGAGGACCACGGGGUGACAGAGGACCACGGGGUUACACAGGAUCUCAAGGCGAUCGGGGGCCUUUAGGCGCCCGAGGACCUGCAGGACCUUCAAGUGCAAACGGUGCUAAGGGACAACCUGGAGGUAAAGGUGAUCAAGGAGACAAAGGGUUAAGGGGUGACCCAGGACCUCCAGGCGAACAGGGACCUAAAGUUGAUCUAGAACAUGUAGGUUACUACAGACCACAGCAGCAGACAGAAACACAAGCUGCAGGACCUAUCGGACCUAAAGGCGAUAAAGGCAGUAAGGGAUUGAAGGGAGACUCAGGACCUGAAGGUGAUGAAGGACUGAGAGGUCAGGAUGGGCCAAAAGGUGACAAAGGCGAAAUAGGUGAGCCAGGACCAGCAUGUACUUCAUGUGUCACAUAUACUGUGAACGAGAAGCGUAAUAGACCAACAGGCGACACUAGGAUACCAGACGACAAAGGUGACAAUGAUCACAUCAUGGUAGGACUACGACAAUCAGAGCCUACCAUAGAUACAUCAACAUCAAAGCUGGCAUUCACAGCGGCUCGGUCUUCCAGUGUCAGAGCCAACGCCGGUGACGUCAUCGUUUUCCCACGGGGUGACGUCAUCACUAACGUAGGCGACGCUUUUGAUGGUGACACGGGCGUCUUUACCAGCACGCGAGGGGGCGUCUUUUACUUCGCAUUCUCCGUGUGUAGGUUUGCUGCCAUAAAAAAUGCAGCAGUUAGUCUCAUGCACGAUGGCGCGCCGGUGGUGAGCGUGCUAGGAGGCGCCCUCAACGGUAACUCCGAUCAGAUAACGAAUGCCGCGACAUUAGAGCUCGAGGUUGGCGAUCGAGUGUGGUUAGAGGUGGUCACUGACGAAACUACUCUUUCUAGCAAUGAAAAACGUUGUACAUCAUUCAGCGGUCUAAUGCUUUAAAAAAAGGACAGAAAAUGACAAAAAGUCUGGAAAUGGUACUACCUAAUAAGCCUCUGCACUAAUGACGUCACACUUUGUUUACGUGUGUGGUUUCCUAUGGUGCUCA